AUGGGAGCGUGUCUCCUUAAUCUUGAGAGGAGGGGGCCCGCAGGUGUAGUUGCGAGAGAUUCGGGCGGCAGAGCAGGGCGAGACGGGGGAGUAGGAACCGCGGGGAGCUGGUUUUUCCCCAGAACCUCCUCCCAGGCCAGGAAGAUGCUGCCGGACCUGACUUUGGAAAGCAAGGAAGGGGCAAGCUCUGAAGAGAGAGAGGACAGUUUGACAGAAGAUCCAGAAGAAAUCAUCACAUUGGCUUUUGUGAGAGAGAAUGCUGGGACGCAAAAGGGGCUUGAGAAUUUUGCUCAGAAGCAAGAGAAGAAGAAGAAGAGGAAGAAAAACAGAUGAUUGGUGAUCAAUUUAUCUACCUGCCGGUAUGAGAGUGUGCGGAGGGCAGCUCAACAGUAUGGCCUUAGAGAGGGAGGGGAAAGUGACGAUUGGACUCUCUACUGGACGGACUACCUGGUGUCGCUGGAGCGGGUGAUGGAAAUGAAAAGUUACCAGAAAAUCAAUCACUUCCCUGGGAUGAGUGAAAUCUGCCGUAAGGACUUGCUGGCUAGGAAUAUGAGCCGCAUGUUAAAGAUGUUCCCUAAAGAUUUCCACUUUUUCCCUAAGACUUGGUGUCUCCCCGCUGACUGGGGAGAUUUGCAGACCUACAGCAGGUCGAGAAAAAACAAGACGUAUAUUUGUAAGCCGGAUUCAGGCUGCCAAGGGAGAGGUAUAUUCAUUACCCGGACGGUGAAAGAAAUCAAACCAGGGGAGGAUAUGAUCUGUCAGCUGUAUAUUUCAAAGCCCUUUAUCAUCGAUGGAUUCAAGUUUGACUUACGGAUUUAUGUGCUAGUGACAUCCUGUGACCCUCUCAGGAUUUUUGUGUACAAAGAAGGACUGGUCCGCUUUGCUACAACCUCUUACUCAUACCCUUGCACAGACAACCUGGAUGAUAUCUGCAUGCACCUGACUAAUUAUUCCAUUAACAAGCACAGUUCCAAUUUCAGUCGAGACACUCACUCUGGCAGCAAGAGGAAGCUCUCUACCUUCAACGUAUACAUGGAGAAGCACAGCUACGACGUGAAGCAGAUAUGGAGGGACAUCGAGGAUGUCAUUGUCAAGACGAUCAUCUCAGCCCAGCCCACCAUCAAGCACAACUACCACACCUGUUUCCCCAACCACACAGUCAACAGCGCCUGCUUUGAAAUCCUGGGCUUUGACAUUCUGCUGGACCGAAAACUCAAACCUUGGCUGCUAGAGGUCAACCACUCUCCAAGCUUCUCCACUGACUCCCGGUUAGAUAAAGAGGUGAAGGACAACCUGCUAUAUGACACCUUGGUUCUGAUCAACCUGAGAAACUGUGACAAAAAGAAAGUCUUGGAGAAAGAGAAACAACGAGGGCGGUUUCUGCAGCAGUGUCGUUCUCGGGAAAGCAGGAUUGAGGAAACCAGGGGUUACCAGGCCACAUGGUUACAAAAAACUGAGAAGUAUGAGAAAGAAAACUGUGGAGGGUUCCGACUGAUCUAUCCCAGUCUGAACUCAGAGAAGUAUGAGAAGUUUUUUCAAGACAACAGCUCUGUCUUCCAGAAUACCGCUGCGUCUAGGGCCCGGGAGGUGUAUGCCCGGAAACUGAUCCAGGAGCUGAGACUAAAACAGGAGAAAAAAUCUUUCCAAACCAAGGAGAAGAAGGUAGAGAUGCAGGGCGAAUCAGUAGGCGAGCAGGCCAAGCGCAAGAAUGCGAGGAGCUGGCAACAGAAACAACAGAAACACAAGGCUGCCACCCGUGUCACCUUCAAACAAUACUUCCGGCCAUUGACACUGAUGUCCUGCACACCUGACUUGCCCUUGAGUGUCCGAGACAAAACGCAAAAUGAAACAGACCGCAGCUGCAAGCAGGAGGCCCCCAAGAUGGAGGCUGUUUCUCUUUCCCCAAAGCCUACAUCUGUGAGGCACUCCAGUUCUGUCCCUGACCUGAGGAAUUCGAUUAAACCCAACACCAGAAUCAAGGAGGUCAAGUCUGCCUCUGCGGUGAACAUAUUCACCAACACCAUGCCCUUAAGCUCAGUAGAAACCUCCCUAGAAUCCUCCUCCCAGAUCUCAACCUCCCCAGUGUCUUUGUCAACCUGGACCAUGUCUGCUAGCUACUGCUCUGUGCGCAGCAGCCCAGAGAUGGACAGGAUGGUCUCCUUUAAAUGCAAGCAACAGCAGCUCUCUCCGCAGCUCAUCCAGGAGAAAAUCUCGAAAACUUCUCUGUCUACAAAACCCCUUAGCUUCUCUGGGAGUCUGAACCCAAGCUGGUGUUCACUAAAGAAUGACAUGAAGAAGCCAUAUUCCGUGCCAGAACUAUUCACCAACGCUUACAUGAGGAGGAAGUUCUCCUUCUUCCCAGCUCACUACAGCACAAAGCUGAAGCCAAGUCACCAACUGCAAAACCCCGCCCUGCCCAAGGAGUGUUACUCCGGCAGCCGCAGCUGUGGUGAAAAGAAGCAGUUGGAUGUGUCCUCCCUCCUCCUCUUGCAGAGUCCUCACAGCUGUGAUAUUUCUCUGAAUGACCUGCUGGUGGUUGCCACUCCAGCUCACCUGGAUCUGAGGCCUGGCAGAAGCCAUACAGGUGCUGCGAAGGACCCGAGUACUCAGGAUCAGCAAGCAUAUAGUUACUGCCAGGCCUCUGGCCAAAAAGGAUGGGAGAGGAAAUAGAACCAGACUAUAUCUCUGCCAUUAUUUCCCUUACUACCUCUUGCAAGAAAUGAUUUGUCUCUUCCCACGGUGUCUCCAGUGUCCACAGAAUCAACUGAAAGUUUUAUUUCCUCAUGUAGAUAUCCUGGGUCUUGUAAAUAUCUCCCAUCAGCAGCACUGAAGCACAGCCUUGCCUCUGUAUCCACCCAGCUGGUCUCUAGUGCUAGAGGACCGUGACUUCUGCGAGGCAAUUGGUGCUACCCCAGGACACACCCUGGUUGCCCUGCCAAUGGUACUUCUCUGGGUCCCUCACUGGCACUGCCAUCCAGAACACUAUUCCAGAUAGGAAUAAUGUUUCUGGGAAGGGCUCAUGAUUUCCAGGAGUCCAAAGCCCUCAGGUCACUAGUAGGACUAUGCCAGUUAAGCCUUCAUCUCUGAAGAUAAAAGACAGGGCUAGGCAUGACGGAGAAUUCUGAACCCUGAAUAAGAGAAUUGGAGCAGCUGCAGCUUCACCACCAGAUAAAGACCAGACCUCCUUCUGCCCCAGCCAGCCAAAAGACCUGCCACCUCAGCGCCUGAACAUCUUCCCACUACCUCUCUUAUCAGCCCAACUCAGUCUUACAGAUGAAGGCAGAGGUGAGAUGAAAGGACCCAGCCUGAAGGUGU